AAAAAGCAAAGCGAGAGAGGCCGCGCUGUGCAGCCGUGCAACGCAGCAAAGUGUGGGCGCGCCAUCGCUCCACUUGUAAAGGCGGCACCCCCAAGCAGGCGGAGGACGCCGCACUGUGCCGGCACCUACCUGAGAGCGACCUCCAUCUUCCCCGCCUCGCUCGCUCGCUCAUCCAACUCCAAGCAGCUCGGCCAUCGCACUGCUUGCUGGCAUCUUUUAUAUCCCCGGCCUCUCCUGCAGUCCUGCUGCCCUCUCCUUCCCACCCUGCUGCCUGCCACCAUCGUAUCUCGGCUUCUUAGCUUCCACACAGCGAUCGAUCAUCGUCGAGAACGGUGAUCGGUGGCGGCGCCGCCGAGCGCGGCCGACCGACGACAUCGACGGGGUUAAGCUGCUUGGUGGCUGGCUGGCUACCCCGGCCGGCAUGGCGAAGUAGUCGUGCUGCCACAAGAAGAAGCUGAGGAGAGGGCUCUGGUCGCCCGAGGAGGACGAGAAGCUCAUGAACCACAUUGCCAAGUACGGCCACGGCUGCUGGAGCUCCGUCCCGAAGCUCGCAGGCCUUGAGAGGUGUGGCAAGAGCUGCAGGCUGAGGUGGAUAAACUACCUGAGGCCAGACCUCAAGCGGGGCACAUUCUCGCAGGAGGAGGAGGACCUCAUCAUACACCUCCACUCCUUGCUGGGAAACAAGUGGUCUCAGAUUGCGGCGCAGCUGCCCGGCCGGACGGACAACGAGGUCAAGAACUUCUGGAACUCGUACAUCAAGAAGAGGCUCAGGGAGCGCGGCAUCGACCCGGCCACCCACCAGCCGCUCGCCGAGCCCGCCGCCGCCUGCCGCGCGGUGUUCGGGGACGUGGUCGACCUCAUCCCCGCGACGGCGUCGCUCCAGCCGCUCGCGGAGCCAAUGCCGCUGGACGGCGUGAAGCUGCCGCUGGACUGGCCCGUCGCCGGCGCCCCCGCGCCGCCGCCGUCAAGGUCGUCGUGCUACCUGCAGGGGGGCUGCUUCGAUAUGGACGCGCUGCAGCAGCACUGCGGCGGCGGCGCCGUCCCGUCGGCGUCGAGCUCCAGCACGCUCACCUCGAUGGCAGAAGCCGAGCACUGCAACAACGCCGACGUCGCUGGCGCCGGCCUCCCGUGGCUGGAGCUCGGGCCGAACGCCGUGGCCGACGCUGCCGGCCACGUCGACAGCUACGCCGGGGCGCUGGACGAGCUCAGGUGGUCGGAGUACUUCGACGGCGCCUUCCAGGCCGCCGCGAGCCAGCAAGGCGCCCUGCAGGCCGCGGGGCAGUGCGUCUACAGCGGCAAGGACGACGUCGCGGUGCACUUCGACGUCCAUGGGCUAAGCAACUGGUGCUGAACAUUCCAUCGCUCAAGAACCCGCCACCAAAGAAGAAACAGUUCGUCACUGCGAAUUAUUACUGCGACGCAAAUUACUACGAGCAUUUCACCUGGUGUUACUUAAUUUUCCCCCCGUCUUCUUAAUUGUCUCGUGGCUGCGUUGAUAUGAGCAGCGAAUUCGUUCUUGUGAUGAUUACGAUUGAAGUGUUACCACACAUGUAAAGUACUACAUACUAUAUAUAGCUAUAUACGAUGGUAAUUAGUAAAUACUGCAGAGAGAGGGAGAAAGAGAUGAAUGGGCCAAGGUUAAAUAAAAUGAGAAUUAUUAUGUGGAUUAGCUGAGCA